CACAAGUUGCAAUAGGGAUAUUUGAAUUUUCUGGAAAUAUUCAUCACUUGUUAGAAGUUCAGGGCGGUACAAGAUAUAUUUCAGAAUGUGGAGGAUAGGUCACGAAUAUGCAGAGCAAAAACAAGGUAAAAAAGUGAAAAGACUUCCUUCGGUUGUUAGACAAAAAUCAAUAAUUGAAAAAAGGGAUUCAAAGACGUCUAACGCUAGACACAAAUUACCAGAAUUCAACAGCCCAAAAAUGAUUGAUCCAAGAACGCGUAGAGGAUCUAUCAUAGCUACCGAACAUUUAAUGAGAAGACGAUCUUCUCGUGGCGGAAAACAUCUGACGGCACCCUUCAUAGCAAACGAUGCCGUAUCAUUAGACCACAUCAAGUACGGACAGCACGUUCGCAGGCCAAGUGUGGCAGUAAGACUGGGGAAAAUUAACGAGAUAAAAGAAAGAAUCAAUAAAGUAAUGACAAACUAUGAUGCACCUAGUGAUGGUAAAGAUUCUGAAGAUGAAGAAUUGCUCAACGAAAUUGAAGAAGGUCUUGCUGACAUAGAAGAUGACAUGAUGCGAAUCAAUAUAUCGGCAUUAAUAGGUCGCUUCAAAAAGAUACAAAGAUAUUGUGAUGAGAGUAAUAUUGGUAAAAUGAGUACAGUCAAAUUGCCUGAAAAAACAAACGAUGCCCUUCAAUCCUUACAGGAUUGGAUUGAACGUGACCGUUUUGAUGAAACCGACGACGACGACGAACCACAUUCCCCCGUUCUGGACGUUCUAGAUAACGAAGUUGUCAGUGCUGGGUUGUCACAAGUGGCAGAAAGAAUGGAUAAAUUGAAAUUUCUUAAACAAAAAAUUCGCAAUCUCAAAACUACGGGAAACGAUACUCACCAUUUGGAACGCCAGAGGCAAAAUUUACAAUUACAAAUGAGAAAUGAAGUAAUGCGUUUGCAAGAGCAAAAGAAAAAUGGAAAAACUGAAAGUCAUCGAGAAUUUGCCUACAUCAAAAAUGCAGCUACAGAAAUCUACGAUCUUAUACAAAAAACGAAAUUAGAAGGCAUGGCUCAUGCGCACCAGUUUGAAGAACAACUCCAUAUGAUUUUGAGAGAAUUGGAUAAGAAAAAGGGAGAAUUAAAUUCUCUGCAAAAAAUAUCUGAUGGUCAGAAAGAGAUGCUGGAUAAAUGGGCGGAAGACUACGAAAAACUUCACAACGAAUUGAUUAUGACCGCAGAUGAACGAAAUGAGGCGAGGGAUUCAAUCAGAAAAUUGAAAAAGGAAAUAUCUCAGUUGAAACAUAGAAUAAAUAAUUUAGAAAAAUCAUUGAAAACAGGAGAAAUUGUAACGAGAGCCGAGCACGAAGAUGCUCUUGCAGAUAUAGAAAAAAGUUUGAAGCACGCUAAGCAGAAUCUCGUAGUUUUGGGUAAAACCUUAGAAGAGAAAAACAAUAAAAUAAAUGAAUUGAGUCAGCAAACCAAUCGCCUAAAACAAUCGUUGAGAAAACAGUCGAGCGUGUCCCUGCAUUCGGACAUGAGCUUUCAUCAUUCAAUUUCUGAAGCUGGCAGCAGGUCAAUGCAGCGUAAUUGUAUGAGCCAGAACAGUUCAAAAAGCUUGAUUUCAUCAACACAUUCAUUUGUGCAAUCGUCACAAGAAAAUUUAAUUGCUUCUCUCAAAGAAGAAAUUGAGAGUUUGAGGGAUAAAUUAUACAAAACUAAAAACAGAAAUAGGCCCAAUUCAGACACGAAUGAUAGCCACCAGAGCGGCGAGCAUAUUAUAACAGCAAGAAAAAUGUCUCAAAAAUUAGCAUCGCAAGAAACACAAACGACGGAAUCUUACGUACAAAAAAUAUACAAGGCACCGAAUGUUGCCAUUGGGGAUGCCCCACUGCCACGUCAAAUUGUCGGAGAUAGUGUAGGUUGUCAGACAUCACCUCCAGCUUUACUGCAAUUUAUGACAUUAUCUGUAAGAGAAGAUUUAGCCAAAACGUGUCAGAUGUUGUCAGAGAAAAUUGGCCCAGACUGGGUGGAAGUAGCCCUCAAAUUUUCUGCAUUGGAGAGAGAUGACAUCUUUGAACUUAAUAAAGGUUUAUCGCUUCAAAGUGACAUAAUGAGGAUGUAUUCAGGCUCUCCAACAAAGACUCAGAGAUUUUACGAAACCGAGUCUGAAGCUGCUCAAGAGAGUCAAAUGGAAAAGGUUAUUGAACAAAUGCUUCAAGGAGAAAUACCUGACAGAAUUGAAUUAAAAAAGUUAGACAGUGCUCGAUCUAUCGAUUGUCAUUUGCAGGAAAUGACGUCAAGAGUCGCGACUUAUGUCAGUAACGUCAAAAAUGCGGUAAAUAAUCAGGCUGGAAUGAUGUCAGAGGUAAACGAUUGCUUAAAACAAUGCAUCCCAGAAGAAGAGAUGGAAAAAUUAGAGCUCGAAAUGGGAAAGAAACAGAAAGAUGCGAGUUGUUCAGAGCAUUCAAAAGAAUGGCAAGAUAUGGAUUCGUUAGAGAAGGCAAAUUGCAAAAUGAGAUAUAUUGAGGAGACUAUUUUCAAUUUAAUGAAAGAGACUAAUAAGAUAUACGAAACUGAAAUUGAUAAGCAACAUGAAACUUAUAAAAAUCUUCACAGUAUUGCUAAAAAAAGUACGAACGACUCGGUGUUUCAAGCAAUCAGUGAGAAUAUUGCCAACAAAGUUAAAAAUAUUAAGGUGAAGGCAAAGUCAAGAGCAUCACAAGAAAGAACUAAGAUUUUCCCACAUAAUCACACGUCGAUUAUACUCUCUUCAUUCAAGAAAAAACCAGAUGAAUCAUUGACUUCAAUCAGUAGAGUAGAAUCCUUUGAGGAAAAUCAUACAAAAGCUAAGAGGAUAUUGUCAGGGUUUUUAUGGAAUUAUGAGGGAAAGCCAUCGGAUGAGUAUACUCGCGGACACGGCUCUGAAUAUCAUCAUCCUCCAGAGCAAACCCAAACAGGUCUUCUAAAAAGUCAAUAUCACACCGGUGUCAAAUUGGCACAUCCAGUCGGCCCCACAAGCUUUUCUACGCCUGUCAAAAGAGGCAAAGCAAAAGCGGGAAAAAAUAAAUCCAGAGGGUUAGGUUUGCUAAUACAACCUGUUGGUAAUAAAGAGACAGCACAUUUUCCUAAGCAUCAAGACAAGGACAUUUCAAAUUUUUUAAAUAGCGGAACUGGAUCACACGCAAGAGGGUCAAUAUUUUCGAAACGUGAAAAAUUACACAAUCAUAAGUUUACUCUACUUGACGUACAUUCAAACCUCUAUGACCCAAAAUUCCAGAAACUAGUGAAAAGCAGCGGAAUGCAGAGAGAUGUAAAUUUUGGAGUUGAAAAUGUUAAAUUACUUGGAGGGACUUCACAAAGAAAAAAUACCCAAUACAGAAAAUAUUUUUCAGAAGCGAAAUCGCCAUUCGUGUUUCGGCAAUAAAUGAAAUCUUAUCUCA